UGUCCACAGAGUCUCUCGAGACACUGAAGGAAAUAGGAGGAGUACAAUAUGACUUAGCUUUUGUAUAUCUUAGUGCCUUUAUAACCGAAACGGCCAUGAAGACGAGCUUGGCAUGCAUUCUCAUUUUAAUUCAGCUCUUUGAAGCCUCUGCAGAGUUGAUCUUUAGGCAGCUGACAGAGAGCCAAUCACUGGAGCUCUCCUGCUCCCCUCAGAGGAGGCACAGCAGCCUGAUGGGCCUCCACCUUUACCACCGCAGCGCCCAGAGCCAGACCACCCUGCUGUCCAUGGCCGAGGGCGACGAGCCGAGGGUCGACCCCGAACACAGGGGGCGUCUGCAGCUCUGCGGAGGUCUGGGCUCCUUGCAGGUUAACGUGACCAUAUCCCAUUUACAGCUCAGUGACGCUGGACUCUACAUGUGGGAGCUGAGCUACAGAAAGGAGAAAAGCUCUGAUCGCAUCAUCCUCAGGGCUCAGAGGGUUUUCUUGUUGGUUGAAGGGACAGGGAGGUCAUGCCAGUGCUCUCCCAGUUACCCUCCUCUGCUCUUCAGCAUCUUUACAGUGGCGACGUUUCUUCUGCUCACAAUCAGCUGGCUGGCCAUAGAGAAAUGUAUGAAGGCGAGGCGUCAUCACAGACCACAACCUUCAGCUCCUAUCUAUGAGGAAAUGACCAGGAAGCAGCAGAGCGCCGGAGUCCCCCAAAAUAACCCCGAGACCACCUCACACCUGGAGGAAGUCAACUUCCCUGUGUACGCUAACCCCAACUUCCGACAACCACAGGACAACUAUUACGCCUGCCCCAGACAGCUCGCCGCCCUCAGAGUCUAACUUGAACUCUGGCACUCUGCACAACGCUGCAGAAAAACGCCUCACAGGAAAUGACACCGGCUCCACCGCAGAUAUAUGAAACACGAAACUGAGAGGUGAAUUCUCGUUCAGGAAAUAAAGAGUCACGUAUAUGAAACUUGCCUUGUCGGAGGUCUGCGCUCUCCGAGUGCACUUCUACUUCUGUAAUAAUAUGUUAUAUUAUUCUGUGUGUGUUUUUGUCUUGUCCUGUUCAUGUGUGUUUGUGGACCCCAGGAAGAAAAGCUGUAGCUAACGGGGAUCUUAAUAAACGAAACUAAACUAAACAAACACCAAAUGGCACAUUUUUAACAGCCAAGAAAAAAAUGCUAUUUUAUUAAUAUUUGAAAGAAGCUCCAUAGUUCAUGAAAACAUUUUGUUUCGGUGCAUGUCAUUUAACAAUCACAUUCUAUGAGGAGAAAGAGAUAUACAGAGAGAAAAAAAAAAUAAAACAUUACAAGCCACUGACUUUUCAUUAAAUCUCAGUACAGACAUUUUUACUUAGUAUUUCAAAAACAAAAAAAAAGGCAAAAAAAAGAGAAAUAAAAGCAGCCCUAAUCCCGUACCCCCACCCCGCCCUCAAAAAAAAAAAAUAAAAAUCUAAACAACUGAGAAGAAACCCGUUGAGGGUGACAGGCUAGAAUCCCACAGUGCUAAAGAGUGAGACGCUCAUUGGUUUUAGGAAUACACAGCAUGGCGAUGUAGCGCUAGGUCAAUCUGAAUCAGGGGAAGGAAGCUGGAGGCGGAGGGCUCUACAUGAAUCACCUCUCCACCCCCCCACCCACACCCCCUUAAAAAAACAAAUAAAAACACA